UACCAGCAGCGGCACAACGAGUUCCGGCGCCUCCUGAUGUGCAACAAGGGCUCUUUCAACGUGGGCACGGCUCGGGUCACCUCGGGGCGCCGCGCCGCCCUCUUCCUGGGGUCCGAGUUGAUGCUGUCCAACCCGCAAGAGGAGGAGGAUGAGGAAGAAGAGGACCAGAGAGAACUGGCCCUACUACGUCGGAGGCUGGGUGACCUGGAGAAAGUCCAGCAGCGGCAGAUGGAAGAGAUGGGAUGCAUCGAGCAGAAGGAGCAGGACAAGGCGACAUGACCACCUCGGCCCUCCGGCAGUCUUUUCCACCGGGAGGGAGCCCGGGGAAGGCGGCGGCCGUGCCCGCCGGGGCCGAGAUGGAGCUUCACAAUAUGCUGGUGGACGAGAGGACCAAGUGUGAACUUCAUCGAGCCAACUACGAGACCCUUAAGGCCGAACACACCUGUUUGCAGGAUGAUUUCAUCCAGCUACAAGAGGAAGUCAGGCAUUUGCAGGCUCAGCUCGACAGGCUCCAACUGCAGUUAGCUGAGCGCACGAGAGAAAAUCUCGAAAAAAACACGCAGAUGGAAGAACUCAGAUUGCAGGUGAUGACUCCUCAACGUCUGGAGUUGCUCAGAGCUCAAGUGCAGCAGGAGAUGGAGGCGCCAGUCAGAGAGCGCUUCGCCAGGCUGGAAGAGGAGGCGGAGAAGUACAGGUCAGAGUGCAACAAGUUGCGCUACGCCUACACGGUGCUCAAUGCGCAGUUGGAGCACCAAAAGGAGGAACACACUCGCGUGGCGGAGGAGCAGAAGCUGCGCUACGAGGCCGAGAUCGCUCAUCUGGACAAAGACAAGGAGAACCUGUCGGCCCAGUACCAGAACAGGGACCUGCAGAGCGACAGGAAACAAAUCGAGCUGCUCCUGCGGGAGAAGACGCAGCUCAGCUCGCGUUUGAAAGGUCUCCAGGCGGAGGCGGCCGAGCUGCAGGCCCUGAAGGAGAACUCGGAGCAGCGGGCCGAGAACCUUCAGCGGGUUCAGAACCGACAGCUGGCGGAAUCUCAGGCUGCUCUCAAAUCUUUGGAGGCGGAAUGUCAGUCUUUGCGCCUGCGGCUGGAGCGGACGGAGAGCGAACUGGGUCUCAGCCACGAGCGGAACAACGGGCUCACGGGACAGCUGCACAAAGCGGAGAAACAGGUCAACGUCCUCACUGGCCAGAUUGAAUCCCUGAAGCAUUCCCACAAAAUGGAGGUGGCAAGCGUGAAACUGGAGUGUAGCCGCUCUAAAGGCGAGCUGGAGAGGGAGAGAGACACCUUGACUGUCCAGUUGGAAGGGCUCCAGACAGACGUGGAGGUGCUUAAGGGCACUUUGGAGCGACACAAAGACCUCGUGGUAGAAAAGGAGAGGGAGGUGGCCAGGAAGGUGCAAGCCGCUCGCGAUGAGGAAAUCUACAAGUCGGCCGUCGCACAGGAGGAAAAGUUGGAAUUGGAGCACCGUCUUGCCGAGUUGGAACAGCAGGUGGCGCUGCAGGAGACUCAAGCGCAAGGCCAGAGAGAAGAGUGGGAGGAGCUAGUGAGCACAGCCCAGAGGGGGGAGUCAUCUGCGCGAGAUGAAGUGCAAAGCCUCAGACUUCGAUUGAAACAACAAAGCGCUCAGCUGGAGGAGCUGGAGAGGCAGACGGCGGAGGUGGCAACCGUGAAAGAGAAAAAGCAGGAACUGCAAGCUCAGCUGAGCACGUUGUCGCGGGCCGAAGCGGAGCUGCAGGAAACAAACCAGCGUCUGAGAGGCAAGGUGGAGGACGCCAGGGAGGAGCUGAGGGCAGCCCGAAGCCAAGCCGAGAGGAGCCAACGUGAGGCGGAGCGCCGAGUAGAGGAGAGUCAGGUGCAAUGGCUGGAAGAGAAGCACAAGCUGCAAGAACGUGAGGCCAAGAUGGAGGAGAAAUACUCGCAGCUCAAGGAGAAAAUGAAGAGAGCAGCGGUGGCCCAAAAGAAGAGGAGAAAGCAGACUGAGAGCAAAGAGAAGAGCCUGCAGAACAAGAUCCAACUGCUGAAGGCACAAAUGGAGGAGCUGAAACUGGAAGCCGCCACAGCCAAAAAACGGCCGCUUCACUCAGAGGAACACGUUCAGCUGCGCAGAAAAUGGCGAGAGCUCCACCGGCGACACGGGGAGUUCCGGCGCCUCUUGCUGGGGGAUCAGGGUGCCUUCGGUUUGGGGCCCGCCGUCCUCCCCUCUCCACGAAGCACGUUCCUGGUCAGGGACGCAGCAUGCAGCGUACCUGAAGAGGAGCAGGAGCACAGCGAGAUGGUCCGGCUGUGUGAAAGAAUGGAUGAGCUGGAGAGAGCGCAGCAGCAACAACUUGAAGAACUGAACCUGGGGUGAAGAAAUUCAACCCAAGAAGAAUUAUGUACU